GCAGUUUACACGUAAACCUGAUUUAAAUUUUCUCAGCACGAAACUGUUUCAUAAGUUUAUUUCACUGCUUGAAUUGUUAUGUCCACGACUAGUCAUAGUAAUCAGCUGAUCGUUUAAAGGUGUAGGAUCAGCUGUUCAAAUACGUAACCCGGUGUAGGUUCACAACAGUUUUGUGUUUGUAAUCUGCAGUUGUAGUCAGAUAACACUUUUGAUCGUAAUCUAGAUUUUUCAGCACGAAACUGUUCUAAAGUUUAUUUCACUAUUCGAAUAUAUAGUUUUAAUCAGUUUAUGAUAUUUAUUUAAAUUCAAAGGAUUCCUUUGGUUUUGUGAUUACAGCAUACACUGUAAAGUUUUGAGGUUAUAUUUACUCUAGGGUCUAUUGUAGUAUACAGUGAUUUUAAUUCUAAUAUAGGCCUAUAAUAAUGAUGGCGCUAAGAAAGAGGUGCUGUAUUACACUAUUGUCCUGCUUUAAAAGAUUCUGUUCCUCAAAUGCAGUUGGUAACGAAAAUGUGAAAAAGUUACACAAAAAGACAAUAAAGUGGGAGAAACGAGUAUUUUCUGCUAUUCAACCUUCUGGUGUUCUUCAUCUCGGAAAUUAUUUUGGAGCUGUUCAGAAGUGGGUUGAACUACAAAAUGAGGGAAAUGAUGUAUUAUAUAGCAUUGUUGAUCUACAUUCUAUAACAGUGCCCCAGAAUCCAGAGGAAUUGCGCUCCAAGAUACUAUUGAUGACAGCCAGCUUGUUAGCCUGUGGCAUUGACCCUUCAAAGAGUGUUCUCUUCCAACAAUCUAAGGUUCACCAGCACACAGAGUUAGCCUGGGUUCUGAGCUGCAAUGCUACAAUGGCAAGACUCUCCCACUUACCACAGUUCAAGGAGAAGUCAGCCUCUAUGAAGGAAGUUCCUCUUGGCCUCUACAUUUACCCUGUCCUAAUGGCAGCAGACAUCUUGCUGUACAGAGCUACUCACGUGCCUGUGGGUGAGGACCAGGUGCAACACCUCCAGUUGGCCGCAGAUAUUGUCAGGACUUUUAACCAUCAUUAUGGAGAGACCUUUCCUUAUCCUGAGCUCAUCAUGGAAGAUUCGGCUAGAAGCAGAGUAAAAAGUCUGCGGGAACCACUGAAGAAGAUGUCCAAAUCCCACACAGACCCUAAAAGUAGGAUUGAGCUGACUGACACUCCGGAUGAGAUUGUAGAGAAGGUGAAAAAGGCUGUGACAGAUUUCACAUCAGAGGUGACGUACGAGCCAGAGACACGUCCAGGCGUGUCUAACCUCGUGGCCCUGCACGCGCUGUCAGCUGGUUGCACCUUCCAGCAAGUGUGUGAGGAAAACGCUCAUCUUAACACAGGACAGUACAAGAGGAUUGUUGCAGAUGCCAUCAUUGCCAGGUUUGAACCUGUCAGGCAAGAGUUGAUUCGGUUGAUGGCUGCUCCAGAGUAUCUAGAGGAGGUUCUGGACCAGGGUUCCCAGAGAGCUAUGAUGCUGGCAGAGAUCACAUGGCUCGAUGUCAGGCAGAGAGUAGGUCUGCAAACUCUUCCUCUACCUCGCCGUGUUGGUGUCUCUUCUGUUUUAUGACAAGCCAAUUCUUCCCGCUCACGUUCUUAUUAGUCAGUUGAUAUGUGAAAUAAAUAAAAUACCUUACAGUAUUUUUCCAAUAAUUAUGAAGAAGCCUAUUGUGAUUUCAUAAAAAAGUUUUUAUAUAUUCAAUAGUUAAAGUAUAUAAAAAUUGUCUUGUAUUUGAGCUGUGGCGUACAAGAAAAAAAAUACUAUAAGGUCUAUUUUGAAAUGUAUGUUUUAAUUUUAGAUUUAAAAUUAGUAACUUAGUUCUGAGCAACUGCAUCAACUUAUGUCAUAAGUAUUUUCAUUUAGCUACAGGAUUUUAGAGCAGAAAUAGAAGAUUUAUUGUUUGCCCUGUUUGAAGUAAAUUAUUAGUUAUUGAGUUCUAUUCUGACCCUAAUAUCAAAUUUAAACAUUUGCAUGUAAUAUUUACAAUAUAAAUCUAACUCUUGGUCAUAGCACCAUUUGUUGAAAUAAUGCUAUUUACCUGUAUAUUAAUUUUAUACUGUAAUAUAUAGUGGUAUAAUUUAAGUUGCGGAAUAAUUUUUAGGCAAUAAAAAUGUGUGACUCCUUCGCGGUAAUUCUUAUGGAAAAAAAUAUGCAAGCUCAGAUCACAGUGGAAUGUAAAUUAAAUUCUUGUAUCCCUACUUUUAUAAAAACAGUAUAUAUUCAUUCAGUCGA